ACGUAACACACACGGGAACUACGCAGGACGCGCGCGCGUUGACUGCAUAAUUCAAUGGAGCAGGGAGGAGAGAAACCUGAAGGAGCAGAAGCAACUCCUUCAGGARAACGAGGACCAGAUCAGUCACGGAAGAGGAGGCUUGACGAUGAAGAGGAGGAAACAUCACCCGCUAAGAAGCUGGUGACUGAUCACAGUGUUGAGGUGGCGAGUCACUACAACAGGCAGAAGGAAAUUGGUCUAGAGGGUCGAAGCCAAAGCAGGAUCCUGUUUAUGAGGAACUUUAACAACUGGAUGAAAAGUGUUUUAAUAGGUGAGAUCCUAGACAAGACACGUGAAGCAGGUAACAGGGACUUGUCAGUUUUGGACCUCGGCUGUGGGAAAGGAGGAGACCUGCUGAAGUGGAGAAAAGGAGGAAUCAGUCACCUCGUUUGUACAGAUAUAGCCGCCGUGUCGGUGGAGCAGUGCCAGAGUCGUUACGAAAGCAUGAAACAGAAAAGUUACCCGAACGAGAAAAUCUUCCGCGCUCAGUUCAUCACUGCAGACGCUUCAAAGGAGGUUCUGUCAGAGAAGCUGGACGACCCUGAGCUGGAGUUCGACAUCUGCAGCUGUCAGUUUGUGUAUCACUACUCGUUCGAGAGCGAGCAGAAGGCAGACAUGAUGCUGAGGAAUGCCUGCGAGCGUCUGAAGCCCGGAGGCUUUUUCAUUGGAACCACGCCAGACGCUUACGAGCUCGUUAAACGUCUGGAGGCGUCGGACUCGCUCUCGUUUGGGAACGAAGUCUUUAAAGUUUCCUUCCAGUCCAAAGGUCCGUACCCUCUGUUCGGAUGUCAGUAUCACUUCAGCCUCGAAGGCGUCGUCGACGUCCCAGAGUUUCUCGUCUACUUUCCCCUUCUUGAGCACAUGGCGAAGCGUUACAACAUGCGUCUCGUGCUGAAGCAGAGGUUUUUGGAGUUCUUCGAGGAAAAAGUAAAAAAGGAGCAUCAUCGCAGCCUCAUGAUGAAGAUGGCGGCUCUGGAGCCAUUUCCCUGCGAAGCCGGAAGCCGACAGGCGACAGAAAGCGCAGGAGAGUACUCCCAUGCUAAAGAGUACUGCGGCAGAGCCGGAGUGAGACCACCAGUGGGAACUCUGAGCAGAUCUGAGUGGGAGGCGGCCAGUAUCUACCUGGUGUUUGUCUUCCAGAAAAUAUCCUGAUGCUUGAACUGAACUCCUCUCGAUGCUUACCUCACUCAUCUCCUCACUUUGUGUUUGUACAGUUUUCACUUGUACUGUUAGUUUUUUUUUUUAUUAUAAACCAUGAACUGAAUUAAGCUUUUUAGAUUCAAUGUUAUUUGUUGUGCUUUAAGUUUUAGUUAUUUUUUUCCAUCUGUAUUAGUUAAAAAGUCACGAGGAUCAGAUUUAUAGGACGACUCGUGGGUUUAUAAACUGGUCUGAUACGGGUUGUUUGAAGAUGUGGCAGAAUUUUUGGGUGCUUCAUUUUUUGUGCUUUGUCUAAAAAAGAAAAACCAAAACACACUCAUAAAACAUGAAAUAAAGAUAUAACUGUC